CGGCGCACUACAAUCCUGGAUGAGAGUGAUGAAAUCCUGCAUGUGCGUUAUCAGCUUCUUUACACGAUCGGGCAGCAACAGCCGAUCGAGGACCAUCCAGAUCGAUGGCGCACAAUACAGCAUGUAUUGCACCUGGUCCAUAAACAUGCUCCUGCUUUGAAACAACGGUGGCCAGACGAAGUCGAAGUGGACAUGGAUGGAAGAGGCACCUUCCCGACCAUUCGCAUCUUCGGUAUUUCAGCCGGAGUAGAACUCACUCGCAUGAUUACCGAAGACGUCAUGAAGAACACCAUCCCAGGGUUGGUAUUCGCUGUUGCACCUGCAGGUCUGCGUCUUCUUGCCCGCAGCUUUAUCAUCGACAAGGACAUACGCAUCAGUGACUAUGCUCUACUGAAAGGCUUUUUCAGUAGGAUCGGGAGCUGGACAACCCUACUUCUACUUCGGGGCUUGUUGGCUGGCGGUAUUUUGCAGUAUGCGUUAGCGGAACGUCGCUGGAGAGUUGACUAUGGGCACGACUUUCAACGGUCUUUACUAGCAGUACCUUACCGUGCCAAGGAUGUUCCAAGUCUCCGUGCAGAGUUCGGUCAUCCUGACGUCGCAUUGGUGCUAACCUGCUUGAGCUAUUAUUACGCCGGUCUCACUUCAACCCAACUCCGACAAUGCUUUGAGCUCCUGUAUAAACUCGACAACCCACCUCUUGAGUACGCGUCGUGGGCACGCCAAGGUCAUCAAAUUCCAGACUCCCUUCAGAGACUGUCCGGAGUUAAUCCUGACGACGCGCAGCAAUUCACUCGCAUGAUUGCUCCUCUUUUCGCAAACAACGCAGCGGUCGCAGAUUUCUUCCUGUCGCAAGUAGUUUUCCCGAAGGAAGCAAAGGAAUUCCCCUACAAACUCGCUACCUCCAGCUGGGAUCUUUGCGAAAGAAGCACGCAUGUUACAACGGGUUUUAGCGGAACCAACGACAAUCGGUUCUUAUUGCCUACCAGCAUAGCUCAGAAUGACCCUGCUAAUCAGCUCAGUACAAAUGCACAGGUAUUGGCGUACCUUCUACGGCCAGAGAACUCCACCUAUGUUUGUCUCAAAGGGAGAAAUGGCGAACCUUACUCGGCGCGUGAAUUCCUGCAAGUACUGAAUACGGAAUACUCUGCAGUGCGGAUCUUGUUGGAUGUUGGUGCACAGAUGCUGGAGUUUGACAACAGAAGCCUUGUCCAAAACUGGCUAGUCCUGCGCUCAGACGUAUCAGCAGCUGUGUUCUUUAGUGAGUCGGAUGCACUCACAGUAUUGACACGGGACGGGAGAGAGGAGCCAUUCCAAUCGUCUGCCUUCAAGGAUCAAUUGGACGAUUGUAUUGUUUACCUAGACGACGCUCACACACGUGGAACAGAUCUCAAAUUACCUCGAGAUGCCCGAGCAGCAGUCACUCUCGGACCUAAGAUGACAAAGGACCGUCUCCUUCAAGGUUGUAUGCGAAUGCGAAAACUCGGUCACGGCCAAUCAUUAAUGUUUUGUGCACCUCCAGAGGUCGAUCGUCGGAUCAGGAAAGCUAGUAAGCAACCUGACAAUCAUCCUGGCGUUGCAAAUGUCCUGCAAUGGACUAUGAUGGAGACCCUGAACGACAUCGAGCAUCACAUUCCGCAAUGGGCACAGCAAGGUGUCGAUCAUGACCGACGUCAAAGAGCUUAUGAGGAAUAUUCUGUCUCGCGAGAUGUGGGCAGCUUGAGGAAUGCUUGGAGGCGGCCGGAAGCGAAGACACUGGAGGAGCUGUACGGCAUUAAGGGGAAUAGUGCUUCGACCCUGGAUAGUGACCAUCCGACGUUCCAAAUACCUGCUAUCCGUGAAAGAUUGGAAUCUCUCGGAUUUACCACACUUUCUGACACCAGUAUGAAUGAAGAACAGGAGCGCGAAGUCAAUCACGAAUUGGAACUCGAACGUGAGGUCGAGCGUCCACCCAGAGUCGAACCUGCAUUGCACCGUUUGCAUGCUGACGUCGUCCAAUUCGUCGAAUCUGGCUCAAUACCACAUCAGUCUCCACAAUUUGUCCUAGUCUCGAGACUGUUCCCGUUCACACUCCCCGCAUGGUCUGACAAGCUCUACGUUACCCGAGAUUUCGUCCGAACAGUUGACGGUUUCUCAAGUGAACUCCACGACUACAUGCGCCCCGUCAACUGGGUGGUGUCUGCAUCAGCAAACGGCAACCAAGUGUUCGUGCUAAUGAGCCCCUACGAGAUCAACAAACUUCUUCCCAGUAUUCGAGUUUCAAAUGCGGUUCAUCUCCACAUCUAUACGUCUCGGGUCACAGAGUGGAUGAAACCUCGUUCAGACCUCUCCUUAUACACCGUCCCUAGAAUUCAAGCAAGAACUGUCAACAUUCCAUUGCAAAUCCAGGUGCAGCUCAACUUGUUCGCCGGACAGCUAUACGUCGAUGACGAUGGGAUGUACAAGGAAGUUGAACGUUUGCUCAAUAUCCGGCGGAUGGAAAUUGAUGGACAAGCGGAGAUCAAAUGCGAGCAGCAGAUACUGGACGCGUUCAAGAAGUUGGUAAGCUUGAGAAGGAAGGGAAUGGGCUAUAUGGCAACACACAUGGGGAAGAUCCUACAUUUUCAACCGCUGACCGACGAAGAUUUUUCUUAGAAGCUUGAAGUAUCUGCUGAGCGCUGAAAGGUUACCAGGUUAAGGUCUUGUAUAGACAUCAUUCACGUUCGUUCUCACCAUUACUAGAAAUACCAACGUCGAAAGUCAAUCCAUUCUUGUUUCUGAAUCUACAGUGAAUAUUUCUUGCUUUCAAUCUGUAUAAUCUGUUGUAACAUACGCACUUGAAUCUCUUACCGCGUUGACUGUUUAUCGGGACCUUGACAGACUUGAAGG